UGGAACUACACCGCGUACUGCAUGUUUUAUUGCAUACCUCUCUACACCGUAGGUACCUCGUACAUGCUACGAGGGUAAAGCCAGCUAGUGCAGAGCCUGAGAUAAAGGUCGCUUAUCGUACACAAGAUAGAUACAAUGAAGUCUUUAGUAUACCUGCACAUAGGUACAUAACACAUCCAAGCUCCAACCUCAACUCUCAACUUCUACCUGAAAUAAGAGGCGAUGCCCUAACCUUCGAGCAACCGUAUCUCCGUAACCACUGUCACCAUGCGCGCCAGCGGGCCGUCAUGCCUCAUCGGCGCCCUCCGCUCCCUAAGAAUACUCUACGCACCGGCUACACGGCCGUCGACGAUACCUCAUCCCUCAAUUGCGACGCCCCGGAUUCGACACCCGCAAAAUGUCCGAUUAUUCUCGGCAACGACGUCGAUGGCCGGCAAUUGGCUAGAGCCCAGUCUGAAUCGCAAGAAAAAGAUGAUGAAAGGGCGGCCGAGGGUCGCCACUGGCGGCUCUACCAAAGGAACGACAGUGGUAUGGGGCGAUUACGGGCUGCGGAUGAUCGAUCACCACCGGAGGAUUAGUGCAAAGCAACUCAAGUGUGCGGAGGACGCCAUCAAGCAGCGGUUACGUGGAGAGAGGUAUCGGUUGUACAAGAGAGUCUGUUGCAAUGUUGGCGUGUUCGUGAGCGGAAACGAGAUUCGUAUGGGUAAAGGUAAAGGCUCGUUCGACCACUGGGCGACGAGGGUAGCGGUAAACCAAAUCGUCCUGGAGAUGAAAGGAGUGCUACACGAGCAAGUGGUCCGCGAUGCAUUCCGGCUAGCAGGCCACAAGCUUCCCGGGCAAUGGGAGUUUGUCAAGAAGGGAGAGCCGCCUGUGGUCGGGAUUACGAAGCUGAAAGGGGUCACGCUAGAAGAGCUGAAGAGACCAAGGCGGAAACUUCCCACAAAAUCGCCCAGCUCCAGCCCUAUCCCGGCGCCGAGGCCGGAAACCCAGCAGGUGUCCGCAAGUGCUCCGGCAUAAAUACCCGCUAGGCGGCGGGGGGAAUUGAGGAGAGCAUUCAAGCUGGGACUACUGCCUCGUGCUGUCAUUCCUCUCGAACGGCAACGAGCCGAUAGACGAUACAUCCUAGGGACCUCACUACCGACCUCACAUG